AUGGCGCUGCCCAUGAGUGAGAAGAAAAUUACUGUUUCCUCCUUUUGUGAGGCAAAUUCACAAAUUCCAGAAUGGCUAAGAUCAGAACAUCUAACAGGGACUACCAUCAUGGCAGUGGAAUUUGAUGGCGGUGUGGUAAUUGGAGCCGACUCAAGGACAACCACUGGGUCUUACGUUGCCAACCGUGUAACUGACAAGCUGACCAAGGUCUGUGAUCGUAUCUACUGCUGUCGAUCAGGUUCUGCAGCUGACACCCAGGCUAUUGCAGAUAUUGUCUCCUAUCUCUUGGAGUUCCACAGCAUCAACCAAAACGAACCGCCCCUCGUACACACGGCUGCCAACCUCUUCAGGAACCGUUGCUAUGACUACAGAGACUCGCUCUUGGCUGGUAUCAUUGUAGGAGGCUGGGACAAGGAGAAGGGAGGCCAGGUGUAUUCUGUACCUCUUGGAGGUAUGUUUGUAAGACAACCAUGUGCCAUCGGAGGCUCAGGUAGCACCUACAUCUAUGGCUAUGUGGAUGCCCAUUACAAGGAGGGCAUGAGCAAAGAUGAAUGCCUCCAGUUUGUGUCUAACGCUGUAUCCCUGGCCAUGUUCCGUGAUGGAUCCAGCGGCGGCAUCGUACGUCUCGCCGUCAUCACCGAGGAUGGUGUGGAAAGGAAGACCAUCCUGGGCAAUGAAUUACCUCGUUUCUAUGAAGGAUAAAACAACCUGAUUUAGAAACGUUAAACUGUUAGUGCAUUCAUCACACCAACUGAAGGGUUUAACUGGACAAGUCCAGAGUUUUGGGGUCAUUUGUCCCGUAAUAUUGUGAAGUUCUGAACCUAAAUUGACAUCAACUGCGUCAUUUCACUUCAUAUUCGGUCUAAUCCAAACUGUAGUAGGAUUCAAUUGUUAACUUUAUAGCUUUUGGAUAAUGUUAUAAAGAAUGAAAUAGCUUGGACGUGCCCAACUAAAAUUAUAAGGAAAGCAUCUUCAUGUGAAGUAAUUCUGUCCUUUGAAAAUAUUUAGCUUUUGCAGAAAAUGCUUUAUGAUAAUCAUAUAUCCCAACAUUCAUGUCUUUCUUUUAGGCAUUAUUAUUCCCUUUAACUUUGGGGUGUGGCAAUAUCAUUUGCUACUUAGUAAUGAACAGAUUCGGUGAGAAAUUUGAUCACGAAACGCAAUUACUGGAUAAAUUUGAAAGAUAAUUUCUCUCUAUACCUGAUAAUACUUUGAAAAGAAAUGCCCAAUAAAUAUGCUCUCUGUGCGAGCAUGGUAACCUCUGAAACUCUAAAUUGUUUCUAUUUUCAUUUGUAUUUUCAUUUGUAUUUGUAUCAAGCCCCCCCCCCCACCCCCGUACACACACACACAAAUGUAAACAAUCAUUGACCGUUGUUUAGUGAUGUGCACAAAGUCAUUAAAAAAAGUAUCCAAGGAAACUCUGAUUCACACUCGAGUCAUACUGUAUUUGGAUGGACAUGUGCUCUGAACAAGACCCCACUUUCUUCAUUUUUGUAAUCAUUUAUAAAAAAAACUACAGUUGGUGUGAUGAUAUCAUUCUUUUGUAUGUAUUUCUUGAAAGUAAUGUGUUUAAAACAUGUAGAUAACAUGGUCUUGAAUGUGUUUGUUGUAUUGCAUCAGUCCACCUCUCAAAAUCAGUCCUCUCAGUUUAUGCAGUUUAACAAAAAAAUAAGACUAGAAACUAAAAUUAUUAAAGAGGUAUUCCAGCAGAAUAAGUUUCUGAAACUGUAUCUUCAUCUCUUUCUACCUUACUCUGUGCUCCUUAGAUGUUUUUGUUUCUUGACAGACAUUCCUGCGUAAACACCAAAUGCAUAGAGAAAACAAAACCCAUUUAACCAUAAUAAUAGUUAUAGUAAUUGGAUUUAUAAAGAUGAAAGAAAAUGUAAAUAAACUCAUUAAGUUUACCUGAAUAAUAUAGGCUUAUCAGUAUAUAGUUUACUUUGCAGAAUCAGCCUUACCGGUACCUUAAUAAUAACUGAAUUUUCUCUUUGAGAUUAUAUGCGUUGUUUUUAUUUAUCACGUCUUACGGAAUGUUCUUGAAAAUAAAUUGUUUUUUGGACAUCACUUUCACGAUUCUGCUUUGAUAAUUAAGAUUGAAGAAAAAAGUAGAUUUGUUUGAUAUGUUUUCAGAAAAAUUAAACAUAUUGGUUGUUCUUUUGGCCAAAUCACUGGACAGACUAUAAAAAGCUCAAGACUGUGUCGCAGUCCUACAUAUGAUGUAAGAGACUGCAGUGUCAUUGAAAAGAUGAAAAAAGUUGUCAAUAAAUUCAAUUAGUUUAACUCGA